CGCUUCCGCGGAGCAGUGAGCGAGCGGAACCGCCGCAUCUGGCCCCAGAGCCCCGGGAGCCCUCCCCGGCCCCCCGGGAGCCCGAGCCCGGCCUGCGCCGCUGUCACGAGAGCGCCCGGGCCUGUCGCGACAGGCGCCCUCCCAGGCGCCGCCCCCUCUGCCCGCCCGCCCGCCACCGGGAGCCCGAGGCCGGCCCCGGCCCAGGCCCGGUCCCCGAGGCCGCCGAGGAGCCGCCGAGGAGCCAGGAGCCGCCGGGCCUGUGUGUGUCUGACUCUGGGAGCAUGAAGAGCAGGUGUCCCUAGGGCAGGAAAGAUGGCAGACAAGCGAAAACUGCAAGGCGAGAUUGACCGCUGCCUCAAGAAGGUGUCCGAGGGAGUGGAGCAGUUUGAGGACAUUUGGCAGAAGCUCCACAACGCGGCCAACGCCAACCAGAAGGAGAAGUACGAGGCCGACCUGAAGAAGGAGAUUAAGAAGCUACAGCGGCUGAGGGACCAGAUCAAGACAUGGGUAGCUUCCAACGAAAUCAAAGACAAACGGCAGCUCAUCGACAACCGCAAGCUCAUCGAGACGCAAAUGGAGCGGUUCAAGGUUGUGGAACGGGAAACGAAGACCAAAGCGUACAGCAAGGAGGGGCUCGGCCUGGCCCAGAAGGUGGACCCGGCCCAGAAGGAGAAGGAGGAGGUCGGCCAGUGGCUCACGAAUACCAUCGACACCCUCAACAUGCAGGUGGACCAGUUUGAGAGCGAAGUGGAGUCGCUGUCGGUGCAGACCCGCAAGAAGAAGGGGGAUAAGGAUAAGCAGGAUCGGAUCGAGGGCUUGAAACGGCACAUCGAGAAACACCGCUACCACGUGCGCAUGUUGGAAACCAUCCUGCGCAUGCUGGACAACGACUCCAUCCUGGUGGACUCGAUUCGGAAGAUCAAGGACGAUGUGGAAUAUUACGUGGACUCCUCGCAGGACCCCGACUUUGAGGAGAACGAGUUCCUCUACGACGACCUUGAUCUCGAGGACAUUCCGCAGGCGCUGGUCGCCACCUCCCCCCCGACCCACAGCCACAUGGAGGAUGAGAUCUUUAAUCAGUCCAGCAGCACGCCCACCUCCACCACCUCCAGCUCCCCCAUCCCGCCCAGCCCAGCCAACUGCACUACGGAAAACUCUGAAGACGACAAAAAGAGAGGACGGUCGACCGACAGCGAAGUGAGCCAGUCUCCGGCCAAGAACGGUUCCAAGCCUGUCCACAGCAACCACCACCCACAGUCCCCUGCUGUGCCGUCCAGCUACCCGGCCGGCCCCGCCCCUGCGCCCCCCGCACUGGGCAACGGGCCUGGCAGCAAUGGGGCUCCCGUGGCGCCUCCCAAAGCCAACCCCGCCCCGGGCCACAACGCCAGCACCCCCACCCCAUACGCCCAGGCCGUGGCCCCUCCCGCGCCGAGCGCCGGCUCCGCCCAGCCCAGGCCACCCAGUGUCCAGCCCGGCGGGAGUGGCGGCAAACAGAACGGGGCCACCAGUGAGUGGGGGGUCGGGGAGACGCGGGACGUGUCCGGGAAGCGGGGUCGGAGAGCUUUCCCUCGUGACGCUCCCUCCUCGCCUGCAGGCUACAGCUCCGUGGUGGCCGAUAACUCUUCAGAGCUGAGCCUGAGUGGCAGCAGCAGCGGGGGAAGCAGCCAAGCCCUGGGGCCCCCCCCGGGUCCCCACAACCCGCCCCCCACCGCCACGAAGGAGGCAUCUGGGGCAGCGCCGGCAGGGGCAGGGGGCGUGGGCGCGGGUGCAGGGAGUGGUGCUGGAGGACCCAGCCUCCUGGUGCCCCUGCCCGUGAACCCCCCCAGCUCCCCAACACCCAGCUUCAGUGAGCCCAAGGCAGCUGGGGCCCUGCUCAACGGCCCCCCCCAGUUCAGCACAGCCCCGGAGAUCAAGGCUCCUGAGCCCCUGAGUUCCCUGAAGUCCAUGGCAGAGCGGGCGGCCAUCAGCUCCGGCAUCGAGGACCCCGUCCCUGCCCUGCACCUGGCCGAGCGUGACAUGCUCCUGGGCAGCAGUUCGGCCCCUCCGGCCUCAGCCCAGCCGCCCCUGCAGCUGUCCGAGGUCAACAUCCCCCUGUCACUGGGCGUCUGCCCCCUGGGGCCCGUGGCCCUCACCAAGGAGCAGCUCUAUCAGCAGGCCAUGGAGGAGGCUGCCUGGCACCACAUGCCCCAUCCUUCCGACUCCGAGCGCAUCAGGCAGUACCUGCCUCGGAACCCGUGCCCGACCCCGCUGUACCACCAUCAGAUGCCACCUCCCCACUCGGACACAGUAGAAUUCUAUCAGCGCCUCUCCACGGAGACCCUGUUUUUCAUCUUCUACUAUCUGGAGGGCACCAAGGCUCAGUACCUAGCUGCCAAGGCCCUCAAGAAGCAAUCAUGGCGAUUUCACACCAAAUACAUGAUGUGGUUUCAGCGGCACGAGGAGCCCAAGACCAUCACAGACGAGUUUGAGCAGGGCACCUACAUCUACUUUGACUACGAGAAGUGGGGCCAGCGGAAGAAGGAGGGGUUCACCUUCGAGUACCGCUACCUGGAGGACCGGGACCUGCAGUGACCCCUGCCCGCUGACCCUUUCCCCCUCCCCUUCCUGCCUGCCCCCAGCACUUGGGGCCAAGGACUCUCCUUUCCCCGCCCCUCCCCAGAUGGGGAAGGACUUGUUUUUCGUAAACCUAUUUUCAUUUUUGAAGAUAUUUAUGAAUAAAUAGUUUUAUAUGA